AUGCACCACAGGUUUCCAGGGAGUGGCGCCUGCACCUGUCCAACCUGUUCGGGGGACACAUGACUCCCGAGGAAUUUCCCCCCGCUGCUCCCGUCCUUUGUUGAACGGCGUCUUUUAUUUUUUUCAGAGGGAGACAGAGGGUGAGAGUUAGAGGAGAGAGGGGGAGACCGAGAGAAGAGAGAGGGGGAUAAUAUAGAGAUGUCGGAACCAGCCGCCAAUCCCGCUGCCACCUCGUUCCCAGCGCCAACUAUUUCUCUACCUUUGGGUCUGGAAGUCCUGAGAACUUACACUGGAGUGCUUGUCUGUUUAGAAAUACUGUUUGGUGGCCUGGUAUGGAUCCUGGUGGCCUCCUCCAACGUGCCCGUGCCCCUGCUGCAGGGCUGGGUGAUGUUUGUCUCCAUAACCGCCUUCUUCCUCUCCACUGCAUACCUCACACUCCUCGUCACUGGCCUGGCUGAUCGCAUCAACACUGACUGGAACUUUUUGGACGUGUUCUACCAUUUUCUGGCCGUGCUUUUCUACUUUGCUGCCUUUGUGUUGGAGGCAGCAACUACAGCAGCUAAUGGAGGAGCCCACAUCAACCAACUGCCUAACAGCACAGAAACUGUCCUGUGUAUUACCUACCCUCGGGGCAACAUAUUCACAGUUCUGACUGACCAUCAAUACAGUAUUAAUGUGGCAGCCACGAUAUUUGCAUUUGUGGUGACACUCUGCUACGGCUGCAGUUUGGCGAUGGGCUUCAAGAGAUGGAGGAUGUAACCAAGGAAACAAGCACAAACUAGUUUUUAUAACUGCUUCAUAACAUGAAUGAAACCAUCAGGCACCCCACCUGGAGCUCCAUGAAGAGAACUGCUCUUUAGUUUAGUUCAGGGAAAAAAUAUAGAUGACAGGUCUGAUGUGUGCUUUUGAAGAUAUUUUGAUAACAGGGUAAAAUAAAUGAACUGUGCCCAGGUGUAUCUGGCUCCAAAUGAAGUUGAUUAUUUGCUGCUUACCAGUGAUCUCACUGUUUUAAAGCUUUCCCUUGCCUCUCAAGAAAAGAUCUUCUAGGGAGGUGUAGGAAAGUUGUAAGGGAACUUGUAUAUGAUAUAACACUUAAGGCUGUACAGGGUUUUUGCAAGAUGUGUGGUUUGGUUUUAGUACCACUUUGCUAAUCGUAAAAAUAUUGCCUAAUUUCCUGAGUAACAUCCUCACUGCAGGGAAUAUUUCCCAUUUCCAAAACCACAAAAACGUGCCUACGCCUGCUGCUAGUAAGUUAUGCAAACGAAGCAUGUUGAUUAACAGUCCUCGUGGUACCUCAGUGCCAAGAAGCUGUAAACUCACUCUGGAUUUAACACGAGUACAUAGUGACAUUUUGAUGUUGGCAUUAUUUGAAUAUGGAUCUGAUAUUUUUGCUUUGAGCACUUCCUGUCGAAAUGAUUCUAUAUGUCCAACAUGUUUUAUUUUCAGAAAGUUGUACAAAAUGUACUGUUUCAGUCCCCUCAGGUACUUUUAACUGAGAACGUUUAAACUUUCAGAGUUUAGUUCUGUGGAUAAUUGUUAGCUAUAACUUGAAGACAUUUUUAACAAACAUCUGGCUGUUGAAAAAGUAUAACAGCUUUGAGCCAACUACAGUAACUUUAAAUACAAAAAAUGUUAUUACAUUCUUUAUCUCAAAAGAUGAUUUUUAUGUACUGAUCUUUAAUGUAUUCAUAGAAUUCUGUUUUCUAGUUUUUAACCCAUAUUUUAUUGGUGUUCCAUAAAAUUGUCAAAACCGCUAAUCUCUUAUAUAAUAUGUGAUGUAUUAGGCAUAUUUACUGUGUUCCUUUUAAGCACCAGGCCAUUAAAAUUGUAUUAAUUUACAAUAGGUUGCAGUGAAUGUAUGUCUUAGAAACCUGCUAUUUUUGACAGCAAAAAGAUGUGUUGUAGAACUACAGAAAUAAAAGUUUAAAAAAGA